UCCCAUUUCCCUUUCAUAUGCCCUCUCGUUCACGAUGAGCAAGAGAACCUGGAACUAGGACGUUGACUUAACAAAAUGCAAGAAAAUCUGGAACUGGGACAUUGACAAUUUGGCAUUGACUUACUAGCAGUGGAGCCUGGAGUCUACAACAAGACUUGACGGGCAGAGAAUGAAGAUAUUGGUGACCGGUGCAUCCGGUUACCUUGGGGGAAGGCUCUGUCAUGCCUUGCUCCGACAAGGUUACUCCGUCAGGGUCCUCGUCAGACCCACCAGCGAUCUCUCCGCCCUUCCUCCCUCUCUCGAUAUCAUCUACGGCGACAUCACCGACUACGCCUCUCUCCUCGCCGCAUGCUCCGCCUGCUCCGUCGUCUUCCACCUCGCCGCUCUCGUCGAGCCCUGGCUUCCCGAUCCCUCUAAAUUCUUCUCCGUUAAUGUUGGUGGAUUGAAGAAUGUGUUGGAGGCGGUGAAGGAGACCAAGACAGUGGAGAAACUCAUAUAUACGUCGUCGUUUUUCGCUCUAGGACCAACUGAUGGAGACAUUGCCGAUGAGAAUAAAGUUCAUCAUGAGAAAUUUUUUUGCACGGAAUAUGAGAAAUCAAAGGUUGCUGCUGAUAAGAUUGCGGUGCAAGCUGCGUCCGAGGGUGUGCCAAUAGUGUUGCUUUAUCCUGGGGUAAUCUAUGGGCCUGGCAAGGUCACUGCAGGAAACAUUGUUGCAAAAAUGAUUGUAGAACGCUUUAGUGGUCGAUUACCUGGUUACAUAGGCGAUGGAAAUGAUAAAUUCUCCUUCAGCCAUGUUGAUGAUGUGGUGGAAGGACACAUUGCAGCAAUGGAAAAAGGACAACCAGGGAAUAGGUAUCUACUAACGGGUGAAAAUGCAUCGUUCAAGCAUAUUUUUGAUAUGGCUGCUGUGAUUACUGAUACUAAAAAACCAAUACUUAGCAUCCCUUUGUGGGUGAUUGAAGCAUAUGGGUGGCUGUCAGUUUUAUUCUCUCUAAUCACUGGAAAGCUACCCCUGAUCAGUCCACCAAUCCAAAAUCACAUUCCUCAAUACAUGUUUUGACCCUCAAACGUGGUUCAACUCAUGGCAAUUAAACAAUUGUCGUAAUACAGGUCAGAUCCAUUGCCACUGUUAUCAAAUCAUUUGUGUUUUUUGCUCUUACUUUUCUGUGAUUUAAUCUUGGAGCAGACGGUGCAUGUUUUAAGACAUAAAUGGGAGUAUUCCUGCGAGAAAGCUAAAAUGGAGCUAGAUUAUAGGCCCAGAAGCCUGAAAGAAGGACUUGCGGAGGUACUACUCUGGUUGAAGAACUUGGGCU